AUGACGAGUAUCACAGAUAGACGACCACAAUCGAGGGCGACCUGAAGGACACAGUGCCAUUUUCCAAGUAAGAGGAAACUUUCAGACAAACUUCUGAAAAUUGAGAAAAUGGCUGGGUUUAACAAAAUGGGGGUGAUCUUGCUGGCUGCGUCUCUAGGGUUUAUGUUCCUGCAACUUUGCAGCGCCACCCGUUAUUAUGACUUUGUUCUGAAAGAAACAAAUUUCACAAGGCUUUGCAGCACGAAGAGCAUCUUAACUGUAAAUGGGAGUUUUCCAGGGCCAACCAUUAAAGUUCACAAAGGAGAAACUAUCUACGUCAAUGUCCACAACCAAGGAUUAUAUGGUGUCACCAUUCAUUGGCACGGAGUGAAGCAGCCAAGAAACCCAUGGUCUGAUGGACCUGAGAACAUAACUCAGUGCCCAAUUCAACCGGGGUCGAGCUUUACAUAUGAGGUUGUAUUUUCGAAUGAGGAAGGAACACUAUGGUGGCAUGCUCAUAGUGAUUGGACUCGUGCCACUGUUCACGGCGCCAUUGUCAUAUUACCGGCUGCCGGCACGAAAUAUCCAUUUGCAGCUCCACAUGCACAGCACCCAAUUAUUUUGGGUUCAUGGUUUAAGUCAGAUGUGAUGGAAGUGAUUAACUCUGCUCUCGCAACCGGUGCAGACCCUAACAUCUCUGAUGCCUUCACGAUCAAUGGACAGCCUGGGGACUUAUACAGUUGCUCCAAGGCAUCAACAUACCGUUUGAAAGUGGACUACGGCAAGACCUAUAUGCUGCGCAUAAUCAACGCCAUCAUGAACGAAGAACAGUUUUUCGCCAUCGCCAACCACACCCUCACUGUGGUCACCCAAGACGCCGCCUACAUAAAACCGAUUACUACUUCAUACAUCAUGAUAACUCCAGGCCAAACUAUGGACGUUUUGGUCACCGCAAAUCAGCCUCGUAGCCAUUACUACAUGGCUUCCUCUGCUUACGCUGAUGGCAUUGUUCCAUUUAACAACAGCACAACCACCGCCAUUCUUCAGUACCGCGGCAACUAUUCGACCCCAUCGACCAUUCCGCUGCCCAGCCUUCCUAUCUAUAACGACACAACCGCUGCUGACAGCUUCACUGCUCUUCUCAAGUCUUUGGCUAGCAAGGCACACCCCAUCAGUGUUCCAACAAAAAUCACGACCAGGAUAUACAUGACUAUUGCUAUCAAUGAACGAAUUUGUCCUAACGCUUCUUGUGCCGGGCCGGAUAAUAAUGCCAUUGCUGCUAGCUUAAACAACAUCAGUUUUGAGACUCCUUCCAUUGAUAUUCUGCAAGCUUAUUAUGGGGGAAUAAAUGGAGUUUUUGAAGGGAACUUCCCAUCCAACCCGCCUCAUUUUUACAAUUUCACUGGAGAUUAUGACAACAGUACCAUAUAUCCGACCUUCGGGGCCAAAGUGAAGUUCAUCAAAUAUGGCGAAGGAGUUGAAAUAGUCUUCCAAGGCACCAACCUCAUUGCUCCUGAGAACCAUCCAAUGCAUCUCCACGGAUUCAGUUUCUAUGUGAUUGGAACUGGUUAUGGGAAUUUUAACGCAACCGAGUCACCCAAAACAUACAAUUUGGUUGAUCCACCAGAAGUCAACACCGUUGGCGUUCCAAAGAACGGAUGGACUACCAUCAGAUUCCUAGCUGAUAAUCCUGGAGUAUGGUUUAUGCAUUGUCAUUUGGAAAGACAUUCCAGUUGGGGAAUGGACACUGUGAUCAUAGUGAGAAAUGGAAACACAACAAAGUCGAAGCUUCGCCCACCACCUGCCCAUAUGCCUCCUUGCUCCAAGUCUUAGAUUUACUUCUAAUUUCUUACCCUAAAUAAAAUCACAUAUUUAUUUAGACUUGAUUUGUAAUAAUAAAUCAUUGUUUCUUUUUUCUUUUUUCUUUUUU